CCCGAUCUUCCCCAGGUAUAUAAAUGACCAGGUGACCAACUGGUCAUCACAAACGAGUCCCCGACAGUCUUCGAGUAAAGACGAAAUUUGCGACGAUCUUCGACGAUGCAGACCGCAGUCAUCUUCGUUCUACUGGCCUUGGCCUCAGCAGCUCCUGCUCCUGAGAAAUUAGCAGAAGCAGAAGAAGCAGGGGCAGCAGAAUCAACAGCAGCAGUAGCAGGUGGGGCUCCCCCUCCUCUAGUUGCCAUCAUCAGACAGACCCAGGUCAACCCAGAUGCCCUCGGUGCCCACAGCUCCGACUUCGAAGCCGAGAACGGCAUCGUCUUCCAGUUCUCUGGAUCUGAGGGAGUCCUCGGUGGAGCCAAUAUGAUUGGAUCUUGGAGCUACCCACAAGCCGACGGAACCUUGGCUGAGGUCACCUUCGUGGCCGACGAGAACGGAUUCCAGCCCCAGUCCUCGUUGUUGCCAGUGGCUCCCGCCUUCCCCCACCCCAUCCCACAGUUCGUCCUCGACCAGAUCGAGUUCGCCAGGCUUGAGGACGAGAGGGCGGCUCAAGAAGGUGCUACCAGCGCUUAAGAUUUCUAAGAUUGUCAAGUGCCGUUAAAUUGACAGUGGAUUGGGUCUAUGUACCCAACUCAGCCCCGAAUAACCUUCCAUAAGCUGUGGAUCUGUUAUUGUCAUGUUUACCUCGUCUUUGGUAGCUUUGUUUCGACGUAAAUGACUGAUUCGCUGGACGUAUCAAACGAAGUGGUGUGUAUGAAUCCUGUAUUAUUUCAUUAAAGCUGUUAAAAUGAC